AUGAAUUCAAAUAACCAAACUACUCAAAAAUAUUCUGAUUUAUCAAUGUAUCAAACUGAAAAUAGCUCCGCACCUUUACACAAUAAAAACAAUGAUUCCAUUAACAACAUAGGAAUCAUUAAUUUAUCUCGUAUUCCUGACCAUCAGCUUCCACAACAAUUUAUUGAAACUACAAUUCAACCUACUUCUCAAAUAUAUCCAGAUAAUAAUAACGCUUAUAAUGCAACUUCAAAUUCAGUAAACGGAACUAUUUCUGACAAUAUUUAA